AUGCUAAAGUUUGAUAUAUCAAAUGUUAAGGGUAGCGAAAGGACCCUUUUAAAAAUGAUUAUUGAAAAAUAGAAUUGGAUUGAUUGUGGUGAAUAACAUUCAAAAGCUAAAAUUGUUUGGAAUUAAAGAAAAAAGGAUAAGUGCUCCAAAUUUUCAAUGGACAGACCAAGAUUAUAAAUCUGCAACAAGAUUAAAGGGGUUGGUAUUGUUAGUUCUAAAGCUUCCACUAAGUAGUGUCUGUCUUCAUUUGGGAUGUUCUACCCAGAAAUUAAUUAAAUUUACCCUGAAACCUACAUUUAUCCUGAAGACAGAAAUCUCUUGUAUUCUAAAAAUCUCAAUUAGUUCAUUGCCAAACCAUCUAAUGGAUCUGAAGGGAAAGGGAUAUUCUUCCCUAAUAGUAUGAAUGAUUUAAUAAAAAAAGCAGGCCUAGAGAAAAUGGUUAUUUAGAAAUAUAUAGAUAACCCUAUGCUUAUAGAUAAUAAAAAAUUCGAUCUUAGAUUUUACAUUCUCAUUUAAAAAUUAAAUCCUUAUAUUUGUUAUUUGAAUAAAGAAGGGCUGGUUAGAAUAUGUGUUGAUGCCUAUGAAAAAGCUAAUAAAAAUCAAUUCGCUCAUUUAACAAAUUAUGCAAUUAAUUGUGAAAGCACUAAUUAUGUGCCUUGUUCAACAGAUUUUAUGAAUGAUAAUCAAUCAAACAAAUAGAGUUUCUAAGCAUUUCGAUAAUCAUUAUAAAAACAAGGAUAAGAUGAUUAAGUGAUAUUUCAAAAUAUCGAAAAUUUAAUAGCUCAAUUCAUGAAAGCCAUUUAUCCAUUCUUACUUUAUCAUUCAAAAAGUGAAAAGCCUGAAUAAUCUCAAAAUUUUUGUAUUAUUGGUCUAGAUAUCUUACUUAACAAACAAGGUUAACCCUUCAUAUUAGAAAUGAAUUCAGCACCAAGUUUAUAAAUAACUUAAUUCAAGAAUAGUAAAGAAGAAAUAUCUCCCUUUGAUUUUUAUGUUAAAGAGUUAGUUGUCACUGACGCAAUUCUGAUUUCUACUCAAUAAAAAGAAUGGAAGGAUACAUCUUAUAAAUUAUUAAGUGAUGAAUAUUAACUAGUCAAUAAUGCUGUUCUUGAAUUAUUGAAUUUGUUUUGGUAUUGCGGAAAGGGAAUGAAAACCUUGUCACUGUCUUAGUUUUGUAAAAUUAGUAAUUUUUCUGGGAUGCUGAAUGAGAAUCUUUAAGGAGUGGAAUAUCAACUUUUGUUUUGCAAAUUUUAAGUUCAACGAAUUGAUUUCUAUUAGUUUCUUGAAUUGAUAAUUGGAGUUCAGAAGAGAAUGAAUAUCUAAUUGCAUAAUCUAUUGGAAAUGAUUCGUGUUUGA